UGCGCUCCAGUACCAGGAGGUGUUUUCGUAAAAUUGUUAUCUCAAACCUGUCAAAGCUCGUUAGCGUUUGAAUUACCCUAUUUCUACGUCAUUAAGGUCGUUGCCGACAAAACGAAAGGGCAAGUUUUCAUCAAACAGUCAAAUGAUCAGCUCAUGCAUUUCUGCUGGAAGAACAGAGAAACAGGAGCCGUGGUUGAUGAUCUCAUAAUAUUUCCGGGAGAUACAGAAUUCAAGGAAGUGAAGGGAUGUCCUGACGGCAAAGUUUACAUGUUGAAAUUUAAAACUUCUGACGAACGUCGUCUUUUCUGGAUUCAAGAUGGCAAUGCAGAUGCAGACAAGGAUCUUUGCAAGAAGGUGAAUGAUGCUCUUAAUAAGCCACCAACUACUCGUGCUACCGCUCGAGGAGGCUCUUCGGAACGAACUACUGGAGGGUUGUCAACAGCUAAUUUAGCGGGCCUCAGUGGCAGUGAGGUAUGA